CUUCUGACUUGGCUGCAGCAAUUUGUCUUUUCGGCUUCCUCCUCCGGUGGUCUGGUGAAAUUCGUGUAGACGGCCCAGAGUCCGCGAAUUUUAACCCAUUCUUUACCUUCUGCAUUUAUACGUGUUCAAACAUUCAAUCAUAAAAGUAUUCUUCUUGUCCUCCGGUAGUGCAGUAGUGUGUUCUUCGGUAGAUAAGCAUUGUUUCUAUUGGGCGUUUCCCGUGAAGAGAUCUCAAUUUAGAGUAUUUUUUGUUUAAUAAACCCAUCAUGACUGAAAGGCAUACGUUUGGGGGCACGGUGAGCCCAAUUACUUGCCAUGCCUGGAAUAAGGAUCGUUCGCAAAUUGCGAUCUCACCGAACAAUAACGAGGUGCACAUUUAUAAGCGUGAGGGCUCGGAAUGGAAGCUGACCGAUGUGCUGAACCAGCACGAUCUGCGUGUGAUGGGCAUCGAUUGGGCACCGAACACGAACCGUAUCGUAACGUGCGCCGUGGACCGCAAUGCGUACGUAUGGACGCAGGGUGACGAUGGCAAGUGGAAACCGACGCUGGUGUUGCUGCGCAUCAACCGUGCCGCAACGUGUGUCCGCUGGUCACCGCUGGAGAACAAGUUUGCCGUCGGUUCCGGUGCCCGGCUGAUAUCGGUGUGCUACUUCGAAUCGGAGAACGACUGGUGGGUUUCGAAGCACAUCAAGAAACCGAUCCGCUCGACGGUCACCUCGAUCGAUUGGCAUCCGAACAAUGUGCUGCUGGUGGCCGGUUCAACCGACUACAAGGUACGCGUGUUUUCGGCGUUCAUCAAGGACAUCGAGCAGCAUCCGGAACCGACGGCCUGGGGCCCGAAGAAGCCAUUGGGGCAAAUUUUAGCCGAGUUUAAGAACUCCUCCACCGGUGGCGGUUGGGUGCAUAGCGUUAGCUUUUCGUCCGACGGCAAUCGGAUCUGCUGGGUCGGGCACGACAGUGCCAUCAACAUUGGCAUUGCCAAUGGGGGCAACGUUGGGAUCAAGCAGAAAACGGAGUACCUUCCGUUCAUGUGUUGCGAGUGGAUCUCGCCGAACUCGAUACUGGUGGCUGGCCACAGUUGUGUUCCGCUGAUUUACACCGUCGCCGAGGGUGGCAAGGUGGUGCUGGCUGCUAAGCUAGAUCAGUCAACGAAGAAGGAGCAGAGCGGUAUCUCGGCGAUGCGCAUUUUCCAGUCGUUGGAUCGUAAUCUUCGCACGGAGAACUCGGACACCAACCUGGAGUCGAUCCACCAGAAUGCCAUCAGUUGCGUUUGCGUGUACAGCGGGGAGAAAGGAAACGUGCAGCGUGUCAGCACAUCCGGUCUGGAUGGCCAGCUAGUCAUCUGGGACAUCGACACGCUCACUCGUUCCAUGCAGGGACUGAAGCUUUAAAGCAACCCCAUGGCAUGAACCCGGCAGUAUUUUUCGCCACACCUCUACCUUUUAACUUUCCAUUAUAGUUUUGCCGGAAAUAAAUAU